CUUUUUCCCAACAUAUCAGUGCGCUUUAAAUACAAAAUGAAGCGAAAGCUCGAUGCCAACGAUAUCCCUUCUACGGCUUCUGUAGAAGGCGCUGAACAGGACAAUGCGACGACCGCCGACUUUGAAAACCUCAAUCUCGACCCGCGGCUCCGCCAAGCCUUGAUCAAAGAGAAAUUCAACAAGCCGACUCUUGUUCAGGCUAAGGCAAUUCCGUUGGCUCUGGAAGGAAAGGACAUUCUGGCUCGUGCGAAGACUGGCUCCGGCAAGACGGCGGCCUACGUGCUCCCUAUUCUACAGACUAUCCUUCAGAAAAAGACGACCGACCCCUCCCUGAAAGCCACCACCGGCCUCAUCCUCGUCCCCACCCGAGAGCUGGCAGAACAAGUGCAGAAUGUCAUUAGCGCAUUUACUGCUUUUUGCGGAAAGGACGUGCGCUCAGUCAACCUGACCCAGAAAGUAGCCGAUGCGGUGCAACACUCAAUGCUCGCCGACUACCCGGACAUCGUCGUCUCGACGCCCGCGCGUGUCGUCGCCAACCUGGGCAGCUCAGCCCUCUCCCUGGAGAACCUCACACAUCUCGUCAUCGAUGAAGCGGACCUUGUGCUUUCGUACGGCUACGAGGACGAUAUCAAUGGGCUGGCAAAGGCGAUUCCCCGAGGUGUCCAGACUUUCCUCAUGAGUGCCACACUCACCGCAGAAGUGGAUACCCUGAAGGGACUGUUCUGCCGGAAUCCCGUGACUCUGAAACUGGAGGACAAGGAGGACGAGGGUGCUGGUGUCAGCCAGUUCGUUGUCAAAUGCGCAGAGGACGAAAAGUUCCUCCUCACCUACGUCAUCUUCAAACUGCAGUUGAUCAAAGGAAAGGUCAUCAUUUUCGUCGCCGACGUCGACCGCUGCUACCGUGUCAAGCUCUUCCUGGAGCAGUUCGGAAUCAAGAGCUGUGUGCUCAACUCCGAACUCCCCGUGAACUCCCGCAUCCACGUCGUCCAGGAAUUCAACAAGGGCGUCUACGACAUCAUCGUCGCAGCCGACGAGCAAGAAGUAAUGGGAAUCUCCAAGAGCUCCAAGAAACCCAAGGCCAUCGCCAACCCCGACGACGCAGCCGAAGCCCCCGCCUCCGACGACGAACUCUCCAACGACGACGAAGAAGAAGCGGCCCCCGCAGGCUCCAAGCGACGCAAGAUGACCGCGCGCGAAAAAGAUUACGGCAUCUCACGCGGCAUCGAUUUCCAGAACGUCUCGUGCGUGCUGAACUUCGAUCUCCCAACGAGCGCUAAAUCCUACACGCACCGCAUCGGCCGGACCGGCCGCGCCGGCAAAGCCGGCAUGGCGCUCUCCUUCGUGAUCCCCUCCGAACAAUACGGCAAGCACAAGCCGACGUCAACGACGACCGCCAAGCGCGACGAGCAGAUCCUCUCCCGGAUCAUCAAAAAGCAAGCCAAGCAAGACCAAGAAGUCAAACCCUACCACUUCGAAAUGAAACAAGUCGAAGCCUUCCGGUACCGCAUGACCGACGCCCUGCGCGCUAUCACCCGUCUCGCGGUCCAGGAAGCCCGCGCGCGCGAAAUCCGCCAAGAGCUCAUCAAGAGCGAGAAGCUCAAGCGCCAUUUCGAGGAGAACCCAGACGAGCUGCGCCAGCUGCGCCACGACGGCGAGCUGCGCUCUGCGCGUCUGCAGCCUCACCUCAAGCAUAUCCCGGACUAUCUCAUGCCGUCGAAGGGGAAGCAGGGCCUGUCGCGCGAGGAUGUUGGGUUCGUGGGGAUUCGCAGGACCAGCGAUAAUCGUAUCCGGAAGGCGAGAGAGAGGAAUCGUGGGAGGGGUAAGCCGAGGAAGGCUGGGAGGAAGAUGGAUCCGUUGAAGUCGUUUACCAAGGGGAAGAAGUGAGCUUUGUUUUUUCUUUAUAUUUCUCUUGGGGAGGGGGAAGGUUAAGUUGUUUAAUCUGGGAGUGAGGGUAGUUUUGUAAAUGCGCAGCUUAUAGUCCAUGAAUAAAAG